UUGUCUCCAAGUAUGGUGCACAGUUCCGUGGAAAUUCGCAACAUGAUGCCCUGGAGUUCCUUCUGUGGCUGCUGGAUCGCAUGCAUGAAGACCUGUGUUCUGUGUCCCUUAAUCAAAAAGUGAAGGUAUCUGGAAAGCCUCUGCUUGGACAGGAGGAGAGCUCCAGCGGUGGAGGUGCCCAAGCAGCUGCCCAGGCUUCCAAGGGCCAGAGCUUUGUGCAGAACCACUUCCAGGCGCAGUACAGGUCUUCGCUGACUUGCCCUCACUGCCUAAAGCAGAGCAACACCUUUGAUCCCUUUCUGUGCAUCUCCUUGCCCAUCCCAUUACGACAGACCAGGCCUCUUAAUGUCACUCUCGUCUUCCAGUCCAAGAGCCAACGAUUUGUACGCGUGGGCCUGAGUGUACCUCUGUUCAGCUCAGUGGCAAAGUUGAGAGAAAUGGUAGCAGAGGAAGGCAAGCUUUCACCUGACCAGGUAAUCCUGGCUGAGUUGGGCCCAUCAGGAUUCCGGUGCUCCUUCUCAGAUGAUGAAGAUCUGAAUACCAUUGCAGAUGGUGACAACAUUUAUGCUUUCCAAGCUCCACUCUCCUUUAACAAGGCCAACUCUUCUCGCCUCUCAGGUUGUCCCCAGAGCCUUCCAUCCUCUCCCAAUGUUUCUGACCCAGAAGGCCAGCGUUUAGUUAAUAACGGAGCCAUUUCUUCAGAGUACCUGCACCAUGGUGGAGGUGGCAGAAUCCUGCUUCUUGUCUGUAAUGUUGCUGGGGCAGGGCAACAGGCAAUGAGGUUUGGCCCUCCACUACUGAUGCGGGAGGACAGAGCUAUGUCAUGGGAUCAACUACAGCAAUGCAUCCUAGGCAAAAUGCGCUACCUGAUGAGAAGGGAAGCCCAAGUGCAGGCUACUGGGAAUCUGUUCCAGGUGCGAGUACUUGGAGGCUCUACUCUGUGCAGCUACCUCUCUCCUCAGGACAGCUGGCCGCUCUACCAUCCCGCCGUGGACAGAGUGCUACAGUUUAGUGGUCCUGGUGGUCCUGCUCAUGUGAAGCUGGUAAUUGAGUGGGAUGUGAGCACCAAAGAAAGCUUAUUUGGCAACAUCCAAGAAGAAGUGGUUGAGGAUGCAGAAAGUGUGAGGAUGAAGCAGCAGCUGCACCUGCAGCAACACAGUUGCACCCUGGACGAAUGCUUCCAGCUCUACACCAAGGAGGAACAGCUGGCCCCUGAUGAUGCCUGGCGCUGUCCCCACUGCCAGGUCCUUCAGCAGGGCAUGGUCAAACUCAGCCUGUGGACCCUACCUGACAUCCUCAUCAUCCACCUCAAACGCUUCCGACAGGUGGGAGAGCAGCGCCACAAGCUCUCCACUCUAGUGCGCUUCCCCCUUUAUGGACUUGAUAUGGCUCCUCAUGUGGCCAAGCGCAGUCGUGGCAGCAAAUGGGGGCCCUGGAAGCAGCCCACACCAGAAGGCAGCCAGUGCAACUUCCUCUAUGACCUGUAUGCUGUCUGCAACCAUCAUGGAAGCAUGCAGGGUGGGCACUAUACAGCAUACUGCCGCAAUGCCUUGGAUGGUCACUGGUACAGCUACGAUGACAGCACCGUGGAAGCAGUCUUGGAAGAUGAAGUCAGCACACGGGGUGCCUACAUCCUCUUCUAUCAAAGACGCAGCGUGGUUCCAAGCUGGUCUGGAGGAAGUUCUGUCAGAGGUUCCACCAGCUCCUCCAUUUCUGAACACUGGCUGACACGACUUGGUGGAAGCAACAUGCGAGAGAGCCUGGUGUCCCAUAACUCGGUCACCUGCCCAUCUCUACCAAAAAUGCCAGACUCACCCACCAUGACCAAUGCUAGCAACAACCAGGAGAAAGGUGGCUUUGAGUCCCGUCCUUUGGUGCGGGGUGUACAGGGCAGAAGUGUCAGCAUGAAAGCUUCUCCCAGUAAAGCCAAGAUGGCAGUUCCUAAGCCCAUGCCUUUGCGCUGGUCCUUCAUCUCCAAAGAGUGGUCAACAGAACCUUCUGGGGAACUUGUAGAGUACCUGGAAUCUGGCCGUAGGCCCCGGUUUACAAAUGAGCCCAUUGUUCCUCUUAUGACCAAGGAAGGGGAGGACAACAAAGCCAAACAAAAUCAUGUGCUGACAGGCCCGGGGAUAACUGAGAACCCUGGGAAACCAUGCACGAUGGUGGAAAACCCAAGUACUCUGAAAAGGUCUGGAAAACCAAAGGAGGAUGUAGGCGAACAGCCACGGACACCCAAGAAACUGGUGCUUUCUCUCAGUACAGUACCUCCAAUAAAAGAUGAAGAGCUCAAGAGCAAAGCUAACAAAAAUGGGACUUUGCGCACGGGGAUAAACCUCCCUCUCUCUAGCUGUCAAUCCAUGGGCAGGCUGCUCUCCGACCCAAAGGUGGGUGAGAAGGAGCCAGAGGGCAAGAGGCAGCCAGAGGGAAAGCUUGCUGUCUUCAGAACUGGCUUUCUGCGGAGGGAUCCCAAGCGUCACAGUGAAUCUGACAGGCAUGGAGUCAUGACACCAUCCAUGGCCUCCUCUCGGUCAUCCCUCUCCAAUGGGACUUUGACUUCUAUCACUGGCAUCAGGGCAAGUAGUACUCUGGGUCGCAGGUCUGCAGAAGGAUUGCCCAGUGGACGGAUCUGCCGUUCUGAGAUGGACAUCAAGCGUGCUCAGAGCUCCUGCAGUAGCAAAGGAAGAAAUGAAUAUUGGCUAAACAGGUCGGCCACCCUUUACAAGGCAAACAACAACAUCUCCUUGCAGGGUUGCACACCACCACUAACUCUGGAGGGGGUUUCGUGUGGCACUUUCCAGCGAGCCAGAUAUCACACAGCCUCCCUGGGCAGGCGAAUCCCUGUACCAGAAUCCAGCUUCUGAGCUAGUCUGAUGUUCCAUCCAAACAGUGGCAGCCCUUGUAAGGUCUUGGGAACGUCAGAUAAAAUCUGUUGGUUGCUGGAAAACUUGGUGGGUGCUUGCUUCCCAGGGGGAUUUCUCUCGGCCAGGCUUCAUCCAUCUUAAGGGUGCUCUUUGACACCAUUGCCUUGUCUGGGAAUGUAGAUGCAACAGAGAUUUGUGGACUAUGAGUUCAGAAUUAGUGAGAGAGAGAAAUGUCAGGAGUAUGGUAGAAUUAAAGUAUUUAUUCUAUACAGUGAGGUAGCUUAACCGAUACUAAUGAGAGGAUGUGUUGUUUUGUGACAGCAGUUAUUUUGGUACCAAGUUGUGUUGAGAAGAAUAUGGGGGAAGAAUCUUGUUGCUCUAUGCAAUAAUCCCAACUUUUCUAUUUUCUGCAGACAUUUGGGUUUUACAGAUAUAUUUGUUAUUAAAAUUGUCUCAAAUGACGGGUCAAAA